CUAAGCAUUGUGUGUUCCAUAGUUUCUUGGAAGUGCAUUGUAAAAUGAUUGCUCAUUGAUGGUCUCCAUGAUAAGAUUUUAUAUGAGAUUAAUUAGCUAGUUGAUAUAAAAACAUCCUCAGUUUUUUCUUCUGCACUUCUUCUUUUCCUAUCCAAAUACAGCAUGGAAAAUAGUAUUGGAAUGAAUUUGGAGAGAAACAAGGCGAUCAUCAAUGAGCUAACUCGGGGCAGAGAUUGUGCAGUUCAGCUGCAAGGCCUGAUUGAAGAAUCAUCAUCACCAGGUACCUGUGAGCUGCUACUGCUCAAGAAAAUCAUCUCUUCCUGUGAUAAGGCAAUAAUAACACUUCUCAGUUUCAACCUUUUCUGUGGACUGCCUGAUUCCAUGGAUACUUCCUCUCCUCCUCUUCUGGGCAACAACUCCCCUGUUAGUGAACUCUCUGAUGCAGAUUCUUCAAAACAGAACUGCCAAGUGGCCUUUUCCAAGAAAAGGAAAACUUCUCCACAGGCUACAGAAAGUGUCCGUGUUUGCUCAGCCACUAGUUUAGGAGGCGCCCUUGAUGAUGGUCAUCGCUGGAGGAAAUCCGGCCAGAAAGAUAUUUUGGGGGCAACCCACCCUAGGGCAUACUACAGGUGCACUCAUCGCUUCACAAAAGGUUGUUUUGCUACAAAGAAGGUUCAAAGGUCUGAUGAAGACCCUUCUCUUUUUGAGGUCACAUACAAAGGAAUGCACACUUGUAUUGACUCUUAUCCAUCAUUGAUACAAAACCCUCAGUUCAAGCACCAAGAAUCAGAGGAAAACCAUGACUUUAUUCUCAACUAUGGACUAGGCCAAACACUUGACAAUGCAAAUGACAUCUUUCCUCAGUUCUCUUUCCCUCCGUCUCUGAACGAGAAAGAAAACGAACUGCUCGGGCCGUGUCACCCGCCACCUUUCGCCUCUCCGGCAUUCUCGGAGGAGUCGAUGGACUUGUAUUUUUUGCUUGAUCAACAUAACGAAGAUCUUGGACUUGGACAAAUUUUGGACGAGUCAGAAUCAGAUAAUAAUCUUAUGAUGCCAACUUCAUCUUCUGUUACAAACACCCCAUUCUUUGAUUGGGAUAUGUCCUUUGAUGCAGCUGAGUUCUUGGAGAACUUCUCAUGACAUCUUUUUAGUGUUCUGAAUAGGCUGUCUAUAAAAUUCAACAUGUUUGCUAGGGUCAAAUAAGUGCGCAGGUUAAUGUCUGCAACAAGGGAACCAUCUAUAUGUUUUCCAAAUGUAUAAUUCGUUGUAGUUUUGCUUCUGCAAUAUAUUAUCAGCAGCCACUUUCACUCGAUUCAAUUACUUUAUUACUUAUUACUAGUAAUAAAUAUUACAAAGAAUCAAUUAUGUUCAGUA